AGUUCAUGCUGCUCACGGGAGAAUCCAAACACAGGAACAAGGAACACGGAGGACGCAGAUCUCUGCUGGUUCUCCCUGGACCACAUGAGGAGUAGAGAGGAGCGUUCUCAUCAUGAGUUAUGGAUCCGGAAUUAAAGUAGACCUGAUCCGUUUGAACUUCUAGAAGGAGGAAAGAGAUUGAGGAGGUUUCCUCCCAUGUUGAAGUUUUAGCUGAGUAUCACCUUCAGUAACAGAGCAGCAGUCUUCUGUUUAAAGAGACUUCAGACUCAGAGUGAGUCCCUCAGAUACAUGAAGGCUGUGAACAAGACCUGCUCCUCCAUCCUCUCAUGAAGACACACGGGGAUCCUGUCAUCGCUUCGGAAACUACACCCGGUGAAUGUUUCUCUGACGGAGGAGGAAGCAGCAGCUCUGUUUGCUUUAGGCCUGGUCGUACAUGGUGGCUCACUGAGGAGGAAGGGGAGGAGUCCCGGUGGCUGUUGGUUGGUGGGCGGAGUCCGUGGUUUCCACGGUAACUGGCGACCAUGCCAGGAGGCCGCAGGGGUCCCAGCAGACAGCAGCUAAGUCGCUCUGCUCUGCCGUCCCUGCAGACUCUGGUCGGAGGAAACCUGGGGAACGGUACAGGCCUCAGGAACAGUGCCUCCGUGGGUCUGUCUCCUCCUCUCUCGGCCCUCAUCACCCCCGAGCCGGUCCGUCACUCGAGGAUCCCGGAGCUGCCGUUGGACAGCAGUCUGCUGUUUGAGUUCCUGCUCUUCCUCUACCUGCUGGUGGCUCUGUUUGUCCAGUACAUCAACAUCUACAGAACCGUGUGGUGGUACCCGUACAGCCACCCCGCUGCCUCCACCUCAUUGAACUUCCACCUGAUGGACUACCACCUGGCGAUCUUCAUCACGGUGAUGUUGGCCCGGAGGCUGGUGUGGACCAUCGUCUCAGAGGUGUCUCAGAGCAGUGGGGGGUCCUUGCUCAGGUAUGUGGUUCUGAUCACAGCGCGGCUCUCCCUGCUCACCAUGUGCGGCUGGGUGCUCUGCUGGACUCUGGUCAACCUCUGCAAGAACCACUCCGUGCUCAACCUGCUCUUCCUGGGAUACCCAUUUGGCGUGUACGUCCCGCUCUGCUGUUUCCAUCAGGAGGGAGGGAAAAGCCAGACGACGGCAACGGACUGCGACUAUCCAGCGGAGCACCAGCAAACGGACCUAUCAGAGACCCCGUUCUUUAGACCACGUGACUUCCUCUUCCUGUUACGGGAGAACCUCAGAGAGCAGUUUUCCAACACUCCGCUCAUGCCCAUACACACCUGCCCGCCGCACACACACUCACACACGCCGGACCUGAUUCGAGCGGAGGUGGAGGAGCUGAAGAGCGACUUCAACCGGCGGAUAAAGGAAGUGCUGUUCAACUCUCUGUUCAGCGCGUACUACGUGGCCUUCCUGCCGCUCUGCUUCGUGAAGAGCACUCAGUACUACGACAUGCGCUGGUCCUGUGAGCACCUGAUCAUGGUGUGGAUCAACGCGUUCGUGAUGUUGAUGAGUCAGCUGCUGCCGCCCAGCUACUGCGACCUGCUGCACCGCUCGGCGGCUCACCUGGGCCGCUGGCAGAAACUGGAACACGGCUCGUACAGCAACGCCCCGCAGCAUGUCUGGUCAGAGAGCACCAUCUGGCCUCAGGGUGUGUUGGUCCGACACAGCCGCAGUCUGUAUAAGGCAGUGGGACCGUACAACGUGGCUCUGCCCUCUGAUGUGUCCCACGCAAGGUUUUAUUUUCUGUUCCACAAGCCUUUGCGGAUCCUGAACCUGCUGAUCUGGAUCGAGUCCAGUGUGGUUUUGUACCAGUUGUACUCUCUGCUGCGCUCCGAGCGCUGGAACCACACUCUGUCUCUGGGCCUCAUUCUCUGCUGCAACUACUAUGUCCUGUUCAAGCUGCUGCGGGACCGCAUCGUGCUGGGCAAGGCGUACUCCUUCCCCCUGUCCUCCAGCAGUCUGGGUCUGAAGUCUCAGUGAAGUCUCGAUGAGGCCCCUCAUGGCAAGGCCCCUCACGGCGGGGCCACUGACGGCGAGGCCCAUGAACUCUGCUGGUGGAGGAGAGAUGGGUGGAGGUGAAGAGGAUUAAAGGGACAGACUGUGAACUCAUGAUCCUGUUUUGAUACGGUUCUAUUUUUAACGCGAUGUUUAUAUAAACCUAUUUAAAGAAUAUUUUUAUUUUGUAUACUGUUUGGAGUUCCGCCGGGCAUUACCGCGCUGAUGACAUUAGCAUGUUGUGUUAUGUUGUUGCUAGGCGACAGAGAAGUCAGGGAGUGCCAGGUGACUUUCACCAAAGAUAUUUUAAGUGCAGGUGGCCAACCACGAGAGGACUCCUGAGGGCCAGCUGGACCGGGUCAGAGACCGAGCAAAGGACGGAGCACUGAUUGGGCUGAGACGCGCUAAGAUGCACCGAAAGUCCCAGAGUAGAACCAGAGAAGCUGUGGCACUUUAGCUCUGUAGCUAAUUAGCCCUUAGCUAUUUAGCUGUGUAGCUCUGUCGUUUAACUCUGUAGCUACUAAGUUCUUUAGCUAUUUAGCUAAAGACAGCUGCGUAGUGCUUUGGCUAUUUAGCUCUGUAGUGCUUUAGCUAUUUAGAUAUGUAGCUAGGUAGCUCUGUAGCUAUUUAGCUCUGUAGCUAUUUAGCUCUGUAUCUAUUUAGCUAUGUAGCUAUUUAGCUCUUUAGCUCUGAAGCUAUUUGGCUCUUUAGCUAUGUAGCUAUUUUUCUCUGUAGCGCUUUAGCUAUGUAGCUAUUUAGCUCUUUAGCUAUGUAGCUAUUUAGCUCUGUAGCUAUUUAGCUCUUUAGCUUUGUUGCUCUUUUGCGUUGUAGCUCUUUAGCUUAGCAUCAGGCUACUCUGAACAAUUUCAGCUUGUUUCACAGAUGUUUGAAAAGUUCAACAUUUAGAGAAACACUUGUUUUCUUUCUGAUGGAGAGCUAAAGGGGAAGGUGGAGAUGCUAACAGUAGCUGUCAUAUUCCUGGGAGGUACUCGGACUCCGCCCAGUGGUACACAAUCCACCAAUCAGCUCCUGUUUAAACCCACUCAUCAAUAGACGAUGUCUUUAAGUUUAACAGAGUCCAGCAGAGCGUCUGACUCUCUCUGAGUGUUUCAGAGUCCGGCCUUUAAUCCACCAGUUAAAUCUCACUCUGACUUUAGUGGAUCGAACGUGUUGAUCAGAGGAGGUGAGAGGAGCAGGCAGCUGUUGAAUAUUGAUUGGCUGCCUGCUCUAGCUUCUGAUUGGAUGAGUAGAUAUUGGAGAGGUAUCGAUCCUCUGUAUCGAUCACAGGAAGUUAAUAACCAUGUGUUUACCUAAAUGUUGAACUCUUCUCUUGUCUGAGUGUGGAUCCUUCUUAAAGCGUUUGAACCCUUCAGUGCUCUGAACCUCUGCUCGGACUGAUCGCUGCAGUCUGUCUCACCCUUACUUUCAGUGUCUGCUGUUUCACAUCAUCGUUACCUGGAGAGAGGGAGAGCUGCACAAACGCACCAUCAUGUCAUGAGAGAGGGAAAGAAAGAAGACGCUCAAACCCAGAGAAGUCCAGAAUCACUGAGACCCUGAAGAGAGUCAGAGAGUCUGAAGCUGACUUUAAGAGAGCAGGACAGAUUUGAGUUUAGUCGUUCAGUCUCUGUUGUUUAGUGCCUCGAUGCUUUAAUGGGCCUCACAGAUCUCUGGGCUCAUCUCAGGAUCUCUCCUCCCCUGCAAACAUCCCAUCGUCAUCACUCUCUCAUCAGGUGUGAGAGCAGGUGGUUUGAAUAAAGACUAAAUGAAAGGGUGUAGACAGUUACAGGUGAGGGACUUUGUCUCCUCUUCAUCACUUCAUGCUUCAUCUCCAUCCCUUCAUGUUCCCUCUGUUACCAGGACGGUGUUACAGGUUGCCUCUGAGGUACACGUGGUCUGCAGGUUCCUCAUGUUGAGCCUCCUCGUCUCUCUCCUGCAGUGAGUUCAGGCAGUAUUAAGGAUCAGGAUCAGUAUUCAGAGAAAGAGAUCAGUGCUCCGUCAGUCUGUCAGCGGGUCAACUCUCCAUCAUCUCUUCUGCUGUGUUGAAUUUGACCUCGACUGCUCGGGCUGGCUUUAGACGGAGCGUAAACGAGGAGGAGAAAAUGUUUCUGAGUUUGAGCUGCUUCGCCUCGUGAUCAAACAUCACGCAGGUUUCAUUACAGUCUGCAGACUGACCUGAGAUCAGCUCCUCGUGCUGUUUGUGCUCGCUCUUCAUUUGAAUGUAGAAACGUAAACUGAAUGUUUCUGUCGACGUGAGCGGCCAUGUUUUUGUUUUUGGCAGAAUGAGCCUUUAAUUGAACCUCUGAAUUUUAAGUUUUAGUCAGUGCUCCAUCGACCUCCCCUCGUGUGAACACAUUAACAUUUAAAGAUGAGCUUUAAAUCUCGGUUAUUACUUGAAUGUUGAGUCUUUGCUCACAGCGCCCUCUCUGUCCUGGUUCAGGGUCUUUCACUCUGAGGGGACACACGGAGCAGUUUGACCCGCGGCUCUGCUUCCCCUCUGAAAUGAUUUUCUUUGGACUUCCUGUAUUUGAGUAAAGUUAGUGGCGAUGAGAUGGACCUGAGGCCCCCUGGGUAAUAAAAGGUUUAGAUUCAGUUGCAGGUUUUGUCUGUCCCGGACUGCAGCUCAGAGUCCUGGUUGAACUCGUUGGAUGUGUCGGUAAUGAAGAAGUCAAAGGAGCUGGUCCUCAUAUUUCGGCUUUUGACAGUGUUCAGUUUCCCCGCAGCAUUUCUGAAAGUGCUCUUUGACAUCUGAAAUAAAAGAAAUGGUGUUUAAAUGAAA